ACUGAACUUUCCUUCACAGAUGAUAGAAGAUCUUCAACAUCUGACUGAGCUGAAGGUCUGAGGACAUGAAGCCUGGACCAGAACCAGAACCUGGACUUUAGUCAGUAGCUGCACAGACUCUGUUGGGUCAAACUCAGGAAACUGAAGAUCAGAUGUUGAUCAGAUGAUGACAUCACUGUUAUCAUAUUUUAGUCUGUUUAUGAUCCAGAUUGAUUUCAUUAGAACUGAAUUUAUUUCUUCUCUCAUCACAGACUUGGUGGCUGUAGGCUCCAAAAGGCUGAAUGUGAAGUUGUGGCUUCAGCUCUGAAGUCCAACCCACAUCUGACUGAACUGGAAAUAAAUAAGAUCUGGAUAAAUUUUGGUGGAGACUCUGAUAUGAAGAAUGUGUUUGAGAUCCUGGAGAGUUCAGUCAGUAAAUUGAAGGAACUGAGAUUGGAGAGCUGCAGUUUGUCAGAGACCAGCUGGACRUCUCUGUUCUCAGCUCUGAAGUCCAAACCGACCCAUCUGACAGAACUGGACCUGACCGGAACCAACCUGGAAGGUUCUGGACUGAAUGAGCUCUGUGGUUUUUUACAGACUGAAGGCUGCAGACUGAAAACAUUGAGACUGGAUUACUGCAGGUUGUCAGAGACCAGCUGGACAUCUCUGUUCUCAGCUAUGAAGUCCAACUCGACCCAUCUGACAGGACUGAACCUGAGCGGAACCAACCUGGAAGGUUCUGGACUGAAGGAGCUCUGUGGUUUUCUACAGACUGAAGGCUGCAGACUGGAAACAUUGUCGUAUGUAAUUAUAUAAUUAUUGAUAUUUCAGUGAAUAAUUAUCUAUAAUUGAUCAUAAAUCAAAGUUAAUAUCUUCUGAUCUAAUAAAUAUUUCCUGAGUUUGUUCCUGGACUUGGACCUGCUGAUCUG